AUGGAAUAUCAAACGCAAGCUUUUCCACAGGGCACCCAACCACAGGUCCAUGGUGACGUAAACAGCGGAAACUUGCAUGGAGUGUCGCAUGGCCAAAUAGGGAUGAAUGAUGAGCUGAGGUCAUUGUUACCCCAGCGUUCAACAGUGUCUAAGGGCAAGUAUACAUUGAACGAUUUUCAAAUUAUGCGGACCCUUGGUACCGGUUCCUUUGGACGAGUACAUUUGGUAAGAUCUGUGCACAAUGGCCGGUAUUAUGCAAUCAAAGUUCUCAAGAAACAACAGGUUAUUAGGAUGAAACAAAUUGAACAUACCAAUGACGAACGUCGCAUGUUAAAAUUGGUUGAACAUCCAUUCUUGAUUCGCAUGUGGGGUACAUUUCAGGAUGCAAGAAAUUUGUUCAUGGUGAUGGAUUACAUCGAAGGUGGAGAGUUAUUCUCCUUGCUUCGUAAAUCGCAGAGGUUUCCAAAUCCUGUUGCCAAGUUUUAUGCUGCAGAGGUCACAUUGGCAUUGGAAUAUCUUCAUUCUCACAACAUUAUAUAUCGUGACUUGAAGCCCGAAAAUAUCUUAUUGGAUCGUAACGGACACAUAAAGAUAACAGACUUUGGGUUCGCAAAGGAAGUGGACACUGUGACAUGGACGUUAUGUGGUACUCCUGAUUAUAUAGCCCCAGAAGUCAUUGCAACAAAACCUUACAAUAAAUCUGUGGACUGGUGGUCCCUGGGAAUUCUUAUUUUUGAAAUGUUGGCAGGUUACACGCCAUUUUAUGAUACGACACCGAUGAAGACGUAUGAAAAGAUCCUUCACGGUAAAGUGGCAUACCCUCCAUUUUUCCAUCCUGAAGUGGUUGACUUGUUAGGGAAAUUAAUUACUGCCGAUCUCACACGAAGAUUAGGGAACCUACAAAGCGGGCCGCAAGACAUUAAAUCUCACCCUUGGUUCGCGGAAGUAAUAUGGGAUAAGCUCUUGGCAAAGGAUAUUGAAACCCCUUACGAACCCCCUAUCACUGCAGGUGUGGGGGAUGCCUCUCUUUUCGAUCAGUAUCCAGAAGAACAAUUAGACUACGGUGUUCAAGGCGAAGACCCUUAUGGACAAUACUUUUUGGAUUUCUAG